AUGAACAGCGAGGAGGAGUUCUACGAUGCUGAGACGGGUGGGUGCAUGCAUUAGAAAUGUAAUACAAAAUAUAUUAGGUAAUAGGUGGGAGAAUAAUAACUAUGUCUUUAUAAUAGCGGACGUCUGUGACUGUCUUUAAGGGAGGUGUAUGUGUGUCUUUAAGGGAGACUGCUUAGUGUAUGUGUGACCCUUUUUUAUUGUAUCUCUCAGGUCUUGAAUCAGAUGAUGACUCUUGUGAGGUCAAUUUUGAAGAUGCCCUAGUGUAUGACAGCAAGCAUUCAUCCAAUGCCAGCACACCACAGGAAAAUGGAGUGUGGGAGCGCAGGUGAGGUUGCAAAGGAUGCUAUGUCCUGUAGCAUCACAGUUUGCAUAUGUAUUCAGUGUCCAUUGUUUUUGUGUCUUUGUGUUGGUGUUUAUUACAGGAAAACCCUGCCUGCUCCAAUGAUCUCCAGAUGUGACUACAGUGUAUGGGGCAUACUAAAGAAAUGCAUUGGCAUGGUGAGGAUGUAGAUAUAAUACCUUUAAGAUAUCUGGAACACUUCUAUGCCCCUAAAACCAUUCACUAUACAGACGCACAAACAGAAAUCAUAACAAAGAUACAAAAUGGAUGACGUUCUGUUUUAGCCACAUCUUACAGAGGAGUUCAUACAAAUGCUUUAGGGUAAAUGUAAUAAACAAGCAUGAUCUAUUAAUGACUCUAUUAAUUUGUCUUUGCUGCGUUUACACAGGAGCUGUCGAAGAUAACGAUGCCCAUCGUGUUCAACGAGCCCCUGAGUUUCCUCCAGAGAAUGUCAGAGUACAUGGAGCACACUUACCUCAUCCACAAAGCCUGCACCCUGUCAGACUCCAUAGACCGCAUGCAGGUAAACAAAACAGAUGGGAGACACUGACACCCUCUCCUCACAAAGCCUAUUGUUUUACCUGCUCUCACGGGGAAGUGAAGAAUAGGAUCACUCACGGGGAAGUGAAGAAUAGGAUCACACAAUGACAGACUUUGUUUUCUCCUGUGUUAUCAGGUGGUAGCUGCUUUUGCAGUUUCUUCUGUGGCAUCUCAAUGGGACAGAACUGGAAAGCCAUUUAAUCCUUUGCUGGGAGAGACCUAUGAACUCACACGGUACUGUUUGCAUUUUUCAAAAGAGUAAACAUACUGUACCUCUUUUUCUGGAAACCUUUUUUAGAUUUUUAUUGAUUUCAGAGGACAGUUUAAAUAAGUAGAAUCUCUUUGGAUAAUCUAUUUAUUGUUGAGGUGUCGAGUAUGCUCUUUUUAACGUGCUUUUGUCUGUCUUAGUGAGGACGAGGGGUACAGGUUGAUCUCAGAACAAGUGAGUCACCAUCCACCUAUCAGUGCCUUCCAUGCCCAGUCUCUGAAGCAGGAGUUUGAGUUCCAUGGCUCCAUCUACCCCAAACUCAAGUUCUGGGGCAAGAGCGUGGAGGCGGAGCCUAAAGGCACCAUGACCCUGGAGCUGCUCAAGUGAGUGUGUGUGUGUAAGAAAGUGUAUGCAGUAUGUAUGUUGACAUCUGUGUUUACUAAGCAUACAUACAGACUCUCUCACAUCAACAGCUAGUGAUUUAAUAACGACUUGUUUUGUUGCAGACAUAAAGAGGCGUAUACAUGGACAAACCCUCUCUGCUGUGUACAUAACAUCAUCAUGGGCAAACUCUGGAUUGAGCAAUACGGAACUGUGGAAAUAGUCAACCAUAAGUAAGACAGCAAAUACCAAACCUUUAUUCACGACAAACGUUUAUUAUUAUUUAUUUGAUUGAAUUUACUACAAUAUGUUAAUAUUCUCCCUCCUGCCUCUUCGGAUUGGUCAGCACGGGAGAUAAGUGUGUGUUGAACUUCAAGCCGUGCGGCAUGUUUGGGAAGGAUCUGCACAAAGUGGAGGGUUACAUUCAGGAUAAGAGGUGAGAGAAGAAUGGAGUCAAACAUCAUCAGCCUUAAUCAUCCCACAAUUAGGAAUUUGUUAAGUCAUAGUAAUAUGUCAGUUGUUAUGCAUUCUGUCAGCAUUGACGUGCAAUACGACUGCAUGUUUUAAGUUGUAUCUCACUGUUUCGUGUGGUUGGUCCUAAAUUAACUUUGGUUGCAUUGUGUUGGAAACAGUAAGAAGAAGCGACGUGUGCUGUAUGGGAAGUGGACAGAGUGUAUGUACAGUGUGGAGCCUAAGGUGUAUGAAGCCAACAAGAAGAAGGCAGAGAAGGGAAAUGUUAAGAAAAAUAAACCGGUGAGCACUCAGACUUGUGAUUUGUCCAAGAAUUGUUCUUAAACCAGCCCAAUGGCAACAACAAAAAAAAAGUGAAAUGAUUUUCCUAAAAUGGUGUUUCUUCCAUUCACAUAAACAUGCAGUGGCUAUUGGUGGAGGUAUUGUAUUUGUAAAUACUGUAGGCAUAGUGUGCUACAGCAGUUCUAGUUAUGACUGUCGUAUAGUGUGUUAUGGUAGAUGGCUCUUUAUGUUGCUUUAAAGAUUGUGUAAAUGCAACUGUCUGUAGUUUAUAGUAGGCUAAUGUGUAUAGUCUUGUAUGUAGGAGCCAAGUGCUGGAGAACAGGAGACUGAGAAUAUGCCUGAGGUUCAAGAGACCGUCUCUGUGAUAACAGGAAGUACCUUACUGUGGAGAAUAACCCCACGACCUGCACAUUCUGAAGAGGUAACACACUCUCUCUCUCACACACACACAGUGACCCAUUCGGGAUAUGGUGUUUAUCUGUGUUACUUACUGUUUCUCCUGUGUACCUAAUUAACCCUGACUCUCAUCCUUGGUCUCUCUGUGGUAUAGAUGUAUAACUUCACUAGCUUCACCAUGACUCUGAAUGAGCUGGAGCCUGGUAUGGAGAGGCUAUUGGCACCCACAGACUGCCGUCGAAGACCUGACGUCAGAGCCAUGGAGAAUGGAGACCUGGGUAAUGACUCGCAUUGAAAGACAGACGCACACACACGAUUCAAUAACAACAUUCAAGAUUAAUUGAUAACCAAACAAAAUGGAGCACAUGGGUUUGUAUAUUGCAGACACAGCAAGUGUAGAGAAGGACAGGCUAGAAGAAAAACAGAGAGCUGCACGCAAGGAACGUUCCAAGGAUGAAGAAGAGUGGUCAACCAGGUGUGUUCGCUAUGCAACAAUAAUAAGUAUAAGUAUGCCCUGAAAUGUGAAUGUGUUGUCAUGUUAAUGUGAUUCCAAUUUUAAUUGAAUAAUUCCCUUAAAACAAAUUCCUGUACCAUUUCUUUUGAACUUUACAGGUGGUUUCGGUUGGGAACAAACCCUCACACAGGAGCCCAGGACUUGCUGUACACAGGGGGAUACUUUGAUAGAAAUUACACAGACUGUCCUAACAUUUACUGAUGGGGUAGGAGGGACUAGAAGGGUUUCCAUCACCACCCAUAGUGGAUUCAUGUAGGCCUGAUUAUCCUGUUUGUUCUCAGCAUUACAAUGUGAGGCAGCUGAGGCCACAAUUAUUACGGUUUUCCCAACCUAGACAAACCUCUCCCCCAAUACAACGAUGGAAUCAAGAAAUUAAUAUGUAUGUGACAAUUAUUUAUUUGUAUUUUGCAAGUGACAAAGAGAACAUUUUAGCAAUGUGAAAGACUGAAAAUCAAGGCUAAGGCGGUUAGAUGAGGGAAAGACCAUUUUCAGUCUUCCUAAAUGGUCUGGGCCGCCUGGCUAAUUAACUGGAAGAAUCCCUCUCAUCUCUGAUGGUGUUAUUUAUUGUACCCAUGGUUUUAUAAAACUACACUACCAGUCAAAUGUUUGUACACACCUACUCAUUCAAGGGUUU